AUGGAGGGUUUUGAAGCUGGUGUCACGGAUAACCUUAGCAAAUCACAUCAUCAUGCUUUCGAUAAGAAUGCUCACCCAUUUAUCCCCCACAUUUGUACCAUCUACAUAUACCGUUCGCAAGAUGCUGAUAAGAGCACAGAAACGACAACAGAAACUAAAAUGGCUACGACAUUAUCAUCACUGAUUGGUUCUAGUCCAACUGGACUGAAAGAAGGUUUGUUAAAAGAGUCUGAAGACAUGUCGCCGUGUGUUACAGAUAUCCAGGAGGCCAUAAUUAGAGAAAAAGUUGGACAGUCUCUUGUUGACCCUAAUCAAGCGUUUAUCCCGUCGUUGUAUUACGAGUUUAUUCCUGGAAAGGCUGAAAAAGGGUCCCAUACAAACCUUGUAGAUGCAAAAUUGAACAUUCUUAAUAAUAAUAUUAAUAUCGAACGGCUUUUAACCCUUCUAGACGAAUUAUAUACCACAGAAAUGACCAAUUCAAUAGAAGGAGGUAAAGUUUACGUUUUCAGUGAAGAGGAUCAAAGAUACAUGUUGGUUGAUCCCUUAAGGGUCUUCUUUGGUAAUAUUCCUUAUUCAACUACGUGGAAAAAGUUGAAAAAGUUUAUAACCAGUACGGUGAAGGUAAUCGAUCCAGAUUUCCAAUUGAAUAUUGUCAAGGUGGAGAUUCCUUUGAUAGAUGCCAAUACUUCCUCUUUUUCCAUAUCCAAAAACAAUUUUAUGGGACAGUUUAAUGCCAUCAAUACACCUUCAUCAUCGUCUUCGUCAUCAGCAACUACAAUAUCACCAACUUUAUCUCCGAAUGACACCUCACAUUUAUUUCAUCCCUAUGGUCAGUCUCAACAAACUCCUCAUGGUGAACACGUGAAGUCCCGUGGGUUUGGAAUCGUUACAACUACAUCACAAAAAACGUCCAAAAAAUUGGUAGAUAUAUUCAACAAUAUGGAAUUUGAAAAAAGGGUACUAACAGUCCGUUUUGACAAAUUCCCUGAGUUUAGUAACCAUCAUAAUUCAACCAACUAUAAACAACACCAUCAUAUUUACCAACAGAAUCAACCUCACUCUGAUCAUCACUACCAUCAUCAACAACUGUCUGGAGGAGGACAUAGAAAUUCUAUUGGUUCUAAUAAUAAGAGAGUAUAUUCCCCAAACACGGCAGAUUAUUUCAACUUGGGAUAUGAACGUAAUAAGUACCUCCAAUUCAAGUUCUAUUCUCCUUCCAGUUACAUGUCGUACAUGUACUAUCCUAUUAUGGGACCAGCCACAGCUCCUCCUCCUCCACCGCCACCACCUCCGCCUCAUCUUCCACCAAUUCUGGACGAGAUUCCCUCCGGAUCUUCUUCAUCUCCAUCGCCCACUAACGAGCUUCAUGCCAGCAUAUCCUCACUAACAUUAACUCCAUCCGAGUCUUCAUCGUAUACACUGAUAUCUAGACCAGAAAUCAUAAGCAACAACCCCUCCGAGCCAGAAUUAUAUGGAACCAAUUGCUUCCCUUAUAUACCCCAACAAAAUCAUCCUCAUCAUCAUGGGGGACCCCCAAUGUUUGUAAACCAGCCUUAUGCCUUCUAUUACGGUGGAAUACCCCAGCCCGCUGCUCCAACAGAAGAAAUCUCUCCUAUGCAAUCCAAACCCCAUCAAUAUUACAGUUAUUUGGGACACCAAGGAAAUGGUAUGUCUGGACGUCGCAAUAGUGGACAACCUCAUCCUUUAGUGGCAGCAGCAGCCAUAGCAGCUCAACAAGUACAUAGUAAUCAAAACCAGGCACAAGAGUCCUCCAGUGCAGACAACAAUAUCUUGGCCAUGAGAUCAGGGGCUAACUCAAGAGGUGGGAGCAAGAAGUCCACUGGAGAAAUCGUUGACCCAGGAGGCAGCAGAGGGUAUCUGAAUGUCCACACUAGUGAAAUCGUGCAUAGAGCUAACUCGAAGUAUCUUGAGCGGAGGAAAAGACACCAAGGUAGUGUGGUGAAAAUUAACAAGGGCACAGAAGAGUCAUAG